UUGGUAUUGUCUCGUGAGGAAGCUGCGGAGUCGAGCCGUGGAACCUUGCAGCCGCACAAGAUAACCACCAGCGCGUUUCUUGUUGCAGGGCUUGAAUUAGAGGAAGACCAACAGCAUUUGCGGCUCUAUGUUACACAACAAAAGGACCUACUGCACAGCAGCAAAGCCAAAGCUGAUCUCCAGGACACUCGCAAUAAAUUGCAAUACCAUAUAGACUUGUGGCACAGUGAGCAGCAUGUCUACAUGCUGUUUGUUUCCUCUCAACUAUUGGAUGCCAACAGCUCAGGCACCGCUGAGGGUUUGGACUUUGAUGACGUCAACAAGCAGCAGGAAGAUGAUGAUAGCAUAUGCACCCAUUCUGAACAUCAGCCCCUCUGGCUGCCAUCGUGUGUGUCGAACUAG